CAUCGACAAAUCGAGAUGGCGAACCAGGCAACAAUGCGUUCAGUUUUUUUCUGGCGGUUGCAAAAUCAUCAGAAUUCAGAGCAAACAAGCUAGGAUUUGGAUUUCCCCACACGAUAAGCCUGCUGACCAGUUCGGCGACGAGAUUGGAUACAAAAGGGAGAAUUUGAAGAAGAAAACACGGCACCACCAUUUCCCCACCCUCUUCAAUCUUCAAAAGGCAGCUACCGUCUCAAGUAAACUUUCUCGCAUUCACGGCGUCGCCGCCCUCAGGUCUCAUUUUUGGACUGUUCGGAAUCGCAUCGGGUUGGGUAGAUUCAUUCCCCUUGUUAGCACGCAAACUGUUCGUGAAAAUGCCUGAACCAGUCUUGCUUUGCGUUUGAUUCUCUAAACUUUCAAUUCGCUCCGGACACGGCGCCGGCCUGUCUUUAUUUACAAGUCAUCGCCCACGAGGGCAGCAGCAAGCCAUCACUGACAACCUCACACCACCUUAUCCUCCAAUCUACCAAGUGGCCAAAUGGGGUUGGGUCGAUCUAUCCAUCUAUGUUUUGCAUUAUAAUAUUCAGGUAUUCAUUUCACUGCGAGCUCUGUGGAAGAAAGAUGGUGGCUUUUUGUUUUAUUUUUAUAAAUUAUCCCGAAUUUUUAUGAUGGGUCGUCUCCUUUACCUCUUUUUUUGGAGGGUGCAAUCCUUUAAAGAACUGACCAAUACCAAAACCAAGUCCCAUCUUUUUUUCUUUCUUCCCUUUUCAGGAAACUGGUUUAGGGCACUUCUUUUUUCUGGUUCUCUGAUCUUCCCCAUCUCUGGCUCGCUCUGGUUUCCAGUAAUCCAUCUCUUCCCAAAGCUCAUGGAGGGCGCCGCUCCGUCCAAUGAACGCCUUGGGUUUGGGAAGAUGGGUUAUGGAUGCGAGCAUUACAGGAGGAGAUGCAAGAUUCGAGCACCUUGCUGCAAUGAAAUUUUCUCCUGCCGUCAUUGCCACAACGAGGCUGCGAGCAUGCUGAAGAACCCCUGUGAUCACCAUGAGCUAGAUCGGUAUGACGUGAAGCAAGUUGUAUGUGAAGUUUGUGACACAGAGCAGCCGGUACUGAUUUCUGGACUAAUUUCUGAGGAGCCUUCCAAAUUCUAGGUUCGGAUCAGUGUUUCAACUUUCAAUCCUAAUUUUCAUGUUUCAGGUUGCCCAAGUUUGUACAAACUGCGGUGUCAACAUGGGGGAAUACUUCUGUGGAAUAUGCAAAUUCUUUGAUGAUGAUAUUGAGAAAGGGCAGUUUCACUGUGAUGAUUGUGGUAUCUGCAGAGUUGGUGGCCGUGAGAACUUCUACCAUUGCAAGAAGUGCGGUUCUUGCUAUUCAGUUUCCCUCCGAGACAAUCACUCGUGCGUGGAGAACUCAAUGCGCCACCAUUGCCCAAUAUGUUACGAGUACUUAUUUGACUCCAUGAAGGACACUGUAGUGAUGUUAUGUGGCCACACAAUGCACCAUGAAUGUCGUGAUGAAAUGAUGAGGCACGAGAAAUUCUGUUGCCCAAUAUGUUCAAGGUCAGUCAUUGACAUGUCCAAGGCCUGGAAGAAUAUAGAUGAGGAGAUCGAAGCAACGGUCAUGCCAGAGGACUAUCGAAACAAAAAGGUUUGGAUCCUUUGCAACGACUGCAACGACACUACAGAGGUCAACUUCCACAUAAUUGGGCAGAAGUGCAGCCACUGUAAGUCAUACAACACGAGAACCAUUAGACCUCCUGUUCUUCCGCAGCAAUGAUGGAUUGACUGGAAGCGAGGGCCAGGGAGAAAGCCGAUUGAGAUAGGAAGGAUGAUUGAUCAAUCAUUUCUGUCCUGGAAACCGAAUUGGUUGUUGUACCAUCGUGGUUUUUGGAUGUGAAUUUUUCUUUUGUUGUUGUACCAUUGAAGUUUGAACGAACUUCAUUCCGUGCCCCCUCAGAAACUUGGUUUUCUGCCAGGCCAGUAGUUCUUUCUAUCUCCAGAUUGUGGAGUGUUUUUGAUUGAUUAUUGCCCCACUCCAGUGGAACUGUAUGUUUCUGGGUUCGAUGUAUAAAAUCUUAUAUAGCAGCAAGAUGAAAAAUGAAUCAGGCGUUCAUUCUCGAUUCGGGAUUCACCAAGUACUCGAGUUUUGAUAUGGUCAGGUAUGGACCAGCUCGUCGCACAUACAUAAUUAUGUUAAUGAAAUUGUUGUAAUGUCAACUUGUCAAUAGUAUUCAGAGUUCAGACUAGUGUGUACUGUGUAAGCAUGUCCAAG